AUGGCUAAGAUCUCCGUCAAGGAAUGGGAUAUGGUUAAGACACUCAAUGAGUUCAGGAUCCAAGUAGAAUCUCAAGAUACAGAAGCAUAUCUUAGUGCACAGAAGGUGAUGCCCAAGUUGAUGAAUGAGGUCAUGGAGGCCCAGAAACACGAUCAAGAGGUAGCCUACAUCAAGGAACGUCAGGAAUCAGGAGAACCCAUGCCCGAUUGGGUAAUUCACCCUGAUGUGAGUUUAAGAUACCAAGAUCGUGAUCCACGAUUCACCUCUCGAUUUUGGGGAAGCUUGCAGGAAGCUCUUGAUACGGAGCUAGCUUUUAGCACCGUCUUUCACCGACAGACAGAUGGACAAUUUGAGCGCGCUAUCCAGACACUCGAAGAUAUGCUAAAAGCGUGCGCGAUGGAUUUUCAAGGAAGUUGGGAAUGA